AUGUCCCAUAUAGAACAGUUCUGCAGAGGGGUGCUGACCGCAGGUGCUGUGAGGAUCAAAGUCCAAACCCGUGUGCUGGGGUCAGAGGUCACCUGCCCGGAGGCUAAGGCCUCAGUGGCAGAGGUCACGCUGAAUACAGGCUUACAGACGCUGAUUGAGAAUUCAGCUGGGCGAUGGACGCACAAAGUCGCAGCGGCCGCCUCGGACAGGGGCGUGGGAGGGGAGAGGACGGUCCGCGGGGGAGACGGGACCUGGCAGCGUGGGGCCCAGGAGAGCACACUCAUGGGUGAAGGCAGCGCAAGCCCACUUUACACACAGGAAGAAAAAGACCACUUGGGACAUACAAAGUAUACUCAAGGACUCGAGAUAGGACCAAGAUCGACACAGCCACUAGUCUCUGUCUGUGUUCACAGCACAAUGACUGCUGUUCUCGUCACCUCCAUUGUGGCAACAGUGUUAGGUUCCCUCCAGAUUGGUUACCACACAGGGAACGUCAAUGCUCCAGCCAAGAUCAUUGAGGAGUUCUUCAAUGUGACCUGGAGAGCUCGUCACAACACGUCAAUGCCAGACCAAAGCCUCACCUUCCUCUGGUCACUCUCUGUUAGCAUUAAGGACUUUGGGGCUCUGUUGGGCUCCCUGGGAGUCAAAGGCUUAGCAGACUCCUUUGGCAGGCGGAACUCCAUCUUGAUAGUGAACGCCCUGUCUGUGGUGGGCUCCUGUCUCAUGUUCGUGUCCAAAGUCAGCGAGUCCUUUGAGGUGCUGAUCAUUGGCCGGCUGGUGUUCGGCCUGUUCUGCGGCCUGGUCAUGAGCCUGAACCCCCUCUACAUCCAGGAGGUGUCCCCCACGGAGCUGCGCGGGGCCUUCGCCACGCUAAACCAGGUCUCUUUUGCCACAGGCAUUCUCCUGGGAAUGGUGGUGGGCUUGGACUCGGUGCUCGGCACAGAGAAGUACUGGGCGCUGAUGUUCUCACUGUCGCUCGUCCCUGCUCUGCUGCAGUACAUGGCACUGCCCUUCUGCCCAGAGAGCCCACGCUACCUCCUCAUCAACCGUGGCAAGGACAGCCAAGCCGAGACCGCACUCCGAAGGCUGCGAGGGAACUCGGACAAGGUUCUCAAUGAGCUGAAGGAAAUUAAGGAAGAGGCCUCCCACACCCAAUCGGGAGUGACUGUUCGACAGUUCUUGAUGAAGAGGAGCUACAGGCAGCCAAUCAUCAUUGUUCUUAUCAUAAACCUUGGAAGCCAGCUGGCUGGAUUCAAUGCGAUAAUAAAUUAUUCCACUAAAAUGUUCUCCAAGUCUGGAUUUGCUGAGGCUAAGUAUCUGACAUUGGGGGUAGGGGCCGUCAACGUGACGUUCACCAUUGUUGCGUUUUUCAUGGUAGAGAGGGCGGGGCGCAGGAAACUUCUGCUGACCGGCUUCUUUUCAUUAGCACUGUGCAACCUGCUCAUGACCAUCACUGAUUCAAUACUGCACAUCGUCCCAGAUCUUCGCAGCUUACAGGUGCUGGUGGUGUUCUUCCUGAUCUCAGCCUACGAGGUGGGGCCUGGCCCGAUCUCCUGGUUCAUCGGCGCCGAGCUGUUUGACCAGCCGGCCCGGCCCAUUGCCAUGGCAUUCACCAGCAUGCUCAACUGGGGCGGCAAGUUCCUGCUGGCUCUGCUGUUCCCACCGCUGCUGAAAGUGUGCGGCGCCUACGUUUACCUCCUAUUCAUGAUGAUGGCCAUCAUGGCUUUCAGCUACACGCUGCUGCGCCUUCCGGAGACCAGGGGGCGUACUUUUGACGACAUCGCAGCUGAGUUCCGAGGGGCCGAGGGGAUCCCCCUCCACAACAAGACAAGUUUCAACACGUUCAACUGA